AUGCAUACAUUAUCUGAAGUAUAUAGUGGAGUUGUUCCAUUUUCUGUUUCGAGAUCGAAGGUUCAUUCAGGACAAUCGACUUCAUCAGGACCUCCACCCACGAGCGCCCCAAAGCCUGGCACAUUUUCGGAGCGAUACGAUAAAUUCAUCUCAAAGUGGCCAAGAAUUUAUGCACUUCAUAGGAUGGUUGUUGAUGGUUCACGUUGGUGUCUAUCCGACGUCAAAACCUAUAUUCGGGUUAGACGAGAACUUUUUACAAAAACGAAAAAAUUGGAUGACUUGAGCAUGGAUGAGCUGGAGGUAUUAGUACAGAGUGGCGGUGAAUUGGCGAAAAUACUUGCGUUGGUCGUCGUGCUCCAAAUUCCAGGCCCAGGUGACAUCCUGAUAUUGUUAAUAUUCUUCCCUCGCCUUGUGCUGACUCGUCAUUUCUGGACUGACGCCCAACGAAAAGAGUUCUUUCGAACAGAAGUUUUGAAAUCCAUGACCAAUUCGUCACGAGUUAAAGAAAUAGCCUUAGCAUCUGUGUAUUCCAUGCUUCCACUACCAGGAAUUGCCCGUCGGUUUAAGCUAAGGUGUGAAGCAAUGCGUCAACUUGACAAAAUCAUAGUGGGAAGCAUCACAUCACUUACGGAGCGGCAACUAAAUUUCGUGCGGUUUUUUCCUUCCUUAGAACAACUUCUCUUUUCAAUACAGAAAAAUGCUUGA